AUGGGCUGUGGACCUUCCCGACCUCGCCGCUUUAACGGCAAUGGAGUAUCCUACAUCGACCACCCUCAGGAUAUACACAGCACUGGUGGAAUGGGACAUGGAAGAAGUCGCGGUGGUAUGAGUAGUACUGGCAUGGGAGGUAGUGCCAUCAGCGGUAGGCAUGGCAUGAGCAGUGGUAUGAGCGGUGGCAGACACGGUAUGAGCAGCGGCAUAAGUUCUGGUACGAGCAUGGGUCGGUCAAGUCGUACGAGUGGAGGUAUGAGCAGUGGCACAAGCAUGGGACGUUCAAGCCGGUCGGGGGGAGGUCUAGGUGGGAUGAUGUCGGGGUUUGGGCGGAACCGGAGAUGCUAG